GAUGACACUGAGGAGCUCACGAAUGAGACAACCUUCGAGUCUCUGUAUUCUGAGGCCAAAGCCCGAGCCCACAGAUAUACACACGUCAGCAGCAUCUCCGAAUAGCGAAACCAUCAUUGCCAUCUUAGGUCCUCAGGAGAAUGACCUAUCAGAUUCCAAGGCUCAGUGUACUUCCAAUCGGAUGUCGAAAACUGAAGAAGACGCUGCUGUGAGCUCUCCGGACGAACCUUCUAAAUGCGCUAUUGGAGCAAGGACAGCUCCGCCCGUUUCUCAGAAAG